AUGGAGGAAGACGAACCAGAGAGCGGCGGCUGGGGGGUCGUGCUGUGGGAGACGCUCCUGCAGAUGCUGGGGCUGAGCGCGUUGUUGGCGAUAAUCCUCUUCUUGCUCUCACCGACCUUCCGCAAGGCCAUCUUCGACGCCGUUGCCCACAGCGUCGCCGACCUCGCCGUCGAUCUCGCCUACAAAAUCGUCAUGAAGUUCAUCCAGGUGUUGUGCAGAUUGAAAAUUCGGCCCCGUCUCAUCUCCCUUGUAUCAAUCUACAUCCUUGGAUUCGACAUUUUUUUCUACUGGAACCAGCUCCUCUUCAUCUACAAGUUCUUAUUCUCCGACUUGGGGAUCAUAGACUACUUUUACCAACUCUUGUUACUGAUAGACUUGUCCUCCAACUAUGCCUAUCCCACGAUUUGGAUUCGCGCAUUUGUUGAGUUCCUCAAGAAGUAG